ACUUUCUCUGAAUUUGACAUCACUUGUUGACUUCCAUAAAAAAUGCAAUUUCGCGGUUCAUAAUCCGCGAGGUUGAGAAGGUUGUGAAUGUGAUUCUUCAUUUUCAUCGUUAAUUUUUAAGUGUAGAUCACUUUUCCCAGUCACUUCACCUAUGUUGGCAGAAAUCAGUCGCCUCCUCAUUUCGCCCUGCAGUUAUUUUCUUCUCACAACAUCUCUGAUUAUCCAAAUGUGAUCUCAUCUUCGUUGCACUAAAUAAAGCUUAUGCACCAUCAUGGCAGGUUUGAAGUAUGAAGAACUGAAAACUUGUCUAAAGAAAGGAACCUCCUCUGUAGAGACCCUAAAAUUGUGUGUGGAAGCGUUUUCAAAAAAGGAUGAAGCGUUUCACAAAGCUGUCGGUGACAUGUCCUUUUGGUGCCCUCAUUUGUUCUCCCUUGCAUUCUCCGACAGUGCAUCCACACGACUUUUGGCUGUCAAGUGCAUCAAUUUAUUCAUGCCAAAAUUUGUUGACCGCGCAAAACCAUACUCUGACGAUUGGUGGAAGCAGCUAAAGCACGAUAUAACCAAAAAAUAUGCAGUUAUAUUGGCUGAAAAAUUGGACACUUUUGAAGAUUGGGACACACUGUGGAAGCUCUGUGUCUCUAUUCUGGAUAUUGAAUUGUAUCAAUCAACUACACUUGUGAACGCCUUAUUAAAAGUUGCUGAAAAGGCUUUCCGUGAUAAGUCAUUAGUCAUUCCUGCCUUCAGUUGUUGGAAGCAUUUCAUAACUGUCUAUGCCAAAUCGCCGAAUGUGAUGUUUAGCUCAAAGCAAAUUUCCCUCCUCAUAACUCCCUUGACUGCUAAAAGCCACUACACUCUCAAAUAUUGUGAAGUAAAACUAGAGGUUUGGAAUACAUUAAUUGCACUCGUCCUCGACAAGAGUAAACAAGCUGUGGAUGUGAUAAUAAACCCUUUUUUGAGCUUCUUGUAUGGGCCUCUGAAAAUGCCAUUUGCAUCAUCGUUUCCAGAGCUUGUGGACCGAAGUGUAGAAAGCUAUCUCUUAGUCCUGAAUAAUACAAGUGUAUUCAAGUAUAUGGAUGGGAAAAUUUCAUCAUAUCUUCCAAAAGUUUUUUCAUCUGUUUUCAAGAGUAAGAAAAUUAAUGAAGAGCUGAUACUUCGUCUGUGGAAAACGUUUCUUGUGAAAGUGAAGCAGAUGCAAACCUUGGCGUUGCUGGACAAUGCGGUUGAGAGUAUUUCCAUCUGCAGGGACAAUCUGAAUGAAGAAAAUAUUCAGGUAUUCAUGAAGCUGAUAGACACUUUCAUGGUCGAACAUCCAGACACCGUUUUCAAGCAUCUUCAUCUGUGGAUCCUGAGCGAUAAUUUCUUGUCUAUCAAAUCUCAAGAAGAUACUCAUUAUUUGGAGUUAAUAAUCAAAGGGUAUGAAAACAAUAUGUCAGAAUUAGAAGCCAUGAUUGGACAACUGUUUUACGUUCCAUUAAACUUACAGCGGGACGAUCCUUCUAAACGGGAUAUUUGUUUGUCAAAUCUAAGCGAAUUAUGGUCUGUCAUCUGUGACACAAUCCAUUUUGCUGUUGAACAUGAACAUGAUUCCACGAGUCUAUCCUCUGAUGCAUUGUCUCAAUUACUGCUGUUUCCUGUUGAAUGUCUUUAUGAUAAGUGGUGCUCUCGGAUGAUGAAGCAGUGGCGAUUAAUUUGUAACGAUUCGAUCUCAAUAUUACCGGCUUCAACAAAUACAACUGAAUUCGGGAAACAGCUCAUUGACAACUUAAUCGUCACAGUUGAGAAGCACCCUAAAAGCUUGACAUCUGUCGUACUAGUCAUGCUAGAAAUUUGUGGCAUUCUUUUAUCAUCAAUCCUUCUAAAAGGAAGCGUGAAGCAAGCAGUCCCGCUAAUGACGUGCAUCAUAAAAUUAAUCGAGCAAAUUGAAUCGGUUCAAAAUCGACACAGUAUUCUAUUGAAUGAAGCCUUGCCCAAGAUCUCUCUUUGGAGCAACCUGCACGUAGAGUUAAACACCGAUUUAAUGUCCAUGGUUGAAACUAUUUUAGCCACAUCUGUCAUCGGCACCGAUAACACUAGUUUAAAACUGAAAAAUAAGAUUGCAAAAAUAUCCAGGCAAAUUAGGAGUAAUAUUGUGCAAACAGGAACUAAACCUGCUGCUAAAGAAGUACCAUCAACUCCUAAAUCAGUUAUCAAUAGUACCAGUUUCAUGCAUCGAUUGGACAAAGCUAUGCGGCAAAAGCAGAAUUCUCAGGAAGAUCUCAAGAAGUUCCUGACACCGGAGAAAUCAAAAAAGAAUCAAGAAGAUGAUGAAUAUGUUUACAUUGCACCUAAAACUAAGGUAACACCUCUAACUAAACAUCAAAAGGAAAUGAUGAAAUCGAGAAGGGUUCUGCCGGCAAUGAUUAAUGGAUUUUCCCAGGAUACUCAAUCGCAGGAUUCUCAGGCUUUAGAUGUAAUUUUAUCUGUUGGUGGAGAAAAACCCGUUAAAAGAACACUGGACUCGACAAAAGAAGACGCCAUUGAUGAACUUUUAGACGAAUUUGAAACAAAGGAUGAUUCAAUAUUUGACCGGGUAGCGAAUUUAACGGUUAUCAAACAAGAACCAAAAAUAAGUGGUGAAAAUGGGGACACUAAUGUCCUUCCAUGGUCACCUAAUACUCAAAAGACAGCCAAAAGUGAACUUGAUAUCGGAGAAAAACCUGCAGAUAGCUUAGAAACAUGUACCCAGGGAUCACAAACUACGAAUAAAGAAUCCUCAACUUUUCAUGCUAGUUCUGAUAAUUUAGAUGCCGUUAAAGAAAAGAUUUGCUCCAAAAUUCUCUCUUUAUUAAGAAAUGAAAACGAAAAAAAUGACGGUAAUAAUUUAGGAAAGUUUUUCAACAUUUUAAUCAAUGAGCCUCAUCCCGCUCUUUAUUUAUUCCAUAAAUUAAAAGAAAUAACUGGACAAACCGGCGAAAACGAAGCGGAGCUUCAGCUUAUUUACAAAGAAUUUUCAACUGAUGAUCUGAAAAAUUUAUUUAAUACUCUUGAUGCAGCGGUGAAGAGUGAGUCAGAAUCCUCGAUCGCAAAUGAAACUGAGAAUGAAAGCAAAUCCAAAGGAAUUCAAGCCUCUAUAAACUGCAUUGCUGAAAGUGUUUUUUCUGAUACAACAGCCAGUGACAAUACCACUACCAAUGUCAGUGACAACAGCAGUUUGAAAGGCAGCGAUGCAACACAACGAAAACCGAAAAGUGACUCUGAACCACUUGCCAACGGUGCUCCAACAAAAAUUACAGAAUCUAGAAGUCCUGAUAAAAGUGAUGAAUCAAUCUUUGAUUCACCUAGAAAUCUUCAUUGUGAUUAUGUCCUGUCACCUGCUUUUAGAGCAAGACGUAAGAUUAAUCCUCCGAAAAGAUUUUCGCCAUCUAAAAAAGAGGUUUCAAGAACUCCCACCAAAGUAUCUCCAAAAUUAUUACGAAGCAGGAAAUCUCUAGGUUUACCAAUCACCCAAUCUUCCCCUGUAAGAACGAAACCCAGGCGAUCAUUGAACAUGAAAGCACAAGUUUCCAAUGAUGGUCUUAGUGUUCCUGCGAAAACAUUUAAUGCCUCUGAUAAGAAUAAAUUAUCUGCGCUCGGAGAAGAAAGCGGGAAAAAAGCGAAAGAUAGACCUGAUGAUGCUGAAAAUAUUGAGAAAGCUGCUAAAUUAUUAAGGAAAAAAGCACAACCAGAAGUAUCAGAGCCAAUGGAUGUUGAUGAGUCCGAGAAUGUCUAUUCUAAAAUAAAAUCAAGGGAAAAAUUAGAUUUUUCAGAAGCAGCCACAGUAUGUUUGGAAGAAAGCAAUAUAAAGAUGCAGAAGCAUCAAGUUGAUAACAAGCAAGACUCUAGUACAAGAAGCAAUAAUGAAAAUUCCGAAACAAAUAAAUGUGUAAAUAAUAAGGAGGAGUUGAACAAUGAAACAGGCCGCACACCAAAUAAAUGUGGAUCUGAAUCAGUAGAAAUGGAUACUUUGAAUAAUUCAGCAGUCAACUUGGAUGAAUCCCGAGAUUUUACCCUGAUGCUUAUCAAAACACCAAAAUCCAAUGGGGAUAUCUCAGUAAUGGAAAGCUCUCCAGAAAUAUUUGAUUCUGUCAAUUUGAACAAUACCUCUGAUGAGUUCAAAACGGCGAGUGAAAAUGAAAACGAAAACAAUAGAACAGGAGAAGAAAGUGAAGAGGACAUCAAUCAAAAGAGAACUCAGAAUAGUGGCUCACGGUUUAAGAUAAAAAAUUCCAUGUUACUGAAAAGCGCGCUGAACAACGGGUUCUCGCCAUUGAAACAACAUAAUGGGCUCAGUUCUGCCUCCAAAGAAAAAUCUUUCGUGAGUUUAGAUAGUUGGAUCACAAGGACGUCCAAGCAGUCGGAGAAUAGUGCAAAAUCCGCUGAAUUCUCUCAAAAUUCAGAUAUUAUCGAAAGCUCCCAACCUGAUGUUUCUCUCUCCAGCUCCAAGUUUAACAAGAGCGUAAGUGCAUCGUCUCCUAUCAUGACGCAGUUCAACUCGAGUAUUUAUUGCAGUCCGAGAUCAGUAGUUGAAAAUGAACCAGGCAGUGGGUCAAAGCCGAAAGUGGCACGAAAACUCAUCUUGAACGAACGAGAAUCCUCUGGGGCUGAUUUGAAUGAAAAAUCAAAAUCUUCAGCAGUCAACAAUGAAAAUAGCUACGAACCAUUAAAAAAAUCGGAAUCAGAUGAUUCUGGUAAACUGAGCAGCAACUUCAAUCAUAAGUUAAGUGAUAACACCAAAGUCUUGAGCCCAAGGAAUCAGUACCUCGGUCGAACGGCGUUAAUGAUGAACAUGGCCAUCGGAGACGACAACAAAGUUGUGCAAACUCCCUCCAGUAAACCGGUGCAAAAAGAAAUGUCAGUCACUCCAUCACCUCCUAGAACCCCUCAGCAUUUGAACAGCGUUGGAAAAAAAUGGGUAAAAAGGCGAUAUGUUUCUGAUGCUCCCCCAACACCAAGCAUCUUGAAGAAAAGUCGGAAUGAUGAAAAUGAAUCUCGUCCCAAGGGCAAACUGGUCAGUUUCUCGGAUCCACCUAUGAUAGAAGUACUUGAAUUUUCUGCUAGUGAUCCACAGAAAGACACAGUGUAUGGUCUUGACAUAGCUGGUCUUACAGAAAAUACCCAAGAUGACAUCAGCACCCAGGGCUCCAUACCUGAAAUGCCUGAAGUGAGUAGCACAAAAACGUGCUAUCCUAACCUGUCACUAUGCAGGGAUCCCAUUAAUGGUAUAGUUCCUCUCCUGGUCGAACCAAAAUGGCAUUCCACUUUAAAUGAAAAGUUCGAGAGUAGAAACAUAAUGACAAUUGGGUGUCUGGCAUCUUUGACCGAGUUACAAGCAUGUCAGUUACCAGUUGGAGAACCUCGGCUUUUUAGAAUCAAGAAUGCUCUCAAAGAGUACCAUCGAAGUCUGCAAGAAAAAAGGAAAGAAGCAGAAGAGCAAAGAAAGUACGAAAGAUCAAAGUUCAUGUGCAAAUUCUUAAUGCCCGCAGGUAUAGAUAAAGCUAUCAAGGAGAAAGAUGAGCCACCCAAACAAGAGGAGAAAAUAGUCACCGCUGUCAGCGAAGGACCAGAGGAAAACGAUGUCAUAGCCUCAUCCAUCAACAUAGACUCUGGUAUCGAUGACAGUAUUUGCGAGACUGAAAUUGUAAAACCAGUCUUUUCAGUUGAUGUCGUGCCAACAUCUCAGACUGAUAUAACUAAUGGAGUAAAUGAUUUUGGUGUCACGGAUGUAUCUCCAUCUGAAAACGAGAUUUCUUGCUCAUUGAAAAAUAACACGAAUCAAGACCCAGAAGUUGAAGAAAGUCCUCCGUCUCUGAACAGUAUUGUAAAAGAGCUAAAAUCUGUCAUUCAACAGUCCAAAACUGGGAAAGAUGCCUCAGUCUCCUCUCAUGAAUCUCGCACAAAUAAUAGUGAUGGUAUGACCGUUGCUGCUUUAGACAAUGUUGAGAAGUACGAGUCUUUAAGUAACAAAGAAGACAUUGUUGAAACUACCGAGGUUGUGGAAGAUAGUAAUCAGAUCAGUGUGGUUUCUUUAAAUAAGACCAAUGAAGAAGAAAACAGUACAGUAAAAUCUGCAAGAUCAAGUGAAGCAGUCUUGAAAGAAUUAGUAGCAAACGAAAAAAUUGAAGAAUCUCAACCAAUUUUUGAAGAGAAGGUAUGUGAUGAAACCUCCACCAAGUCAGGCCUCACUCAAGUCACUAUUAAAUCUAGGAAAAAACGACUGAGUAGAACUGUAAUUGACAAAGACAAGGUAUCUUCUGAUAAUGUUGAGGAGUCUGGACAAGGUAUAGACUCUAAAAAUUCAGAGGUAGUGACAAAAAGUGAUAACAAAGAAUUACAUCCGAUCUUAAAGAUCAGGUCAGAUAGAGAAAUAAAUCUUAUCAAAAUGUCUAAUAACACAAUUAAACUCAAGACAAAACAACUGAGUUCAACUAUGUCUGACAAAGACAAAGUAUCUCGUGAUAGUGUAGAAGAGUCUGGAGAAGGUAAAGGCCCAGAAGAUUCCGAGGUGGUGAUGGAAAAUAAUGAUAAUGAGAUACAUUCUGUUGCAGAGAUCAAGUCUGACAGAGAAUUAGAUCCUGUUGAAAAGACCGAGUUCAAUGAUACGGUAAGAGAAAAUCAUAUCGCUUCUCAGGAGGCAACAUCUCAAAAGGCAAUACUCUCUUGUAGCUCAGACAAAAGUGAAAUUAAUGGAAAAGAUAACCAUGAACAAAGUGAUCUCAGACCUGUUGAAAAUACAAAAUUUGAGUUGGAAGAUGACUGCUUCGACAAAAUGUUGAAAUGUGAACAGCCAAGUGAUAACAUAUCUGGUGUCGCCUCGCAAUCGCCAGUCAAAGAAAGUAGUCAGAACAGUGAGAGCAUUGUCCAAGCAAGUCCAGUUCCAAAAUCUGGAAAGAGUAAUGUCCGAUCGCUAAGAAAGAGAAAAGCGGCCAUGGAUCAUGACAUGCCAAAAAGUAAAGUUUUGAGAUCCACUGGCUCAAAGAAGUUUAACAAAGUGCCUGUGCAGGAAAGUGAACGACCUGCCUCAGUAGAUGAUGGUGAAAGCAAUAAAAUCGAGUCCACCAAUUCUAGCAACAUUUUUGAAAAGCCUCCCGAAGAGAAGAAAUCAGUUCUCAUGCCUCUAGAAAAAGACUCUCCUUUAUCCACCACACCUAACAAUAUUGAGAUACCCGUUGAAUGCUGUGAUGAAACAAGCUUAAUUCAAGCAUCCACUGUUAGAAGUGAUCUUAAUACUGUUGCAUCAGGUAGUAACACCGUUGAAAGUGAACUGAGUGGAUUUAAGAAAUUGGGAAAUUUGUACACUGUUAGCACUGAGACAAAGAAAGAGUUAGUGAAAAUUUUCUUCCGUGAUGAAGACGCCUCUGCCGCUGUGAGCCUCCUGAAGGACGCUGUUCUUGAUCGUUUAGAUGUCAAGCGUGAACUGUUCAACUAUCUAUUGAAAGACGAAGAACUAGGCGUCAAGUUUUGCGUUAAAUUCUAAAUUUAGGCUAAUUAUCACUUUUGAUCUCUCUUAAAGGUAGCAUUAUUGUCAUACCUUGCUCUGUUGCUUCUGCGCAUUCUACACCCUGAGUUAUUGUUCCUCUAGUUUUUAACUUCUCUGAUUCACAAAAAUUGCACAGAUUUGACCAGUGUAAGCCUAACUACAUUUCUGCCGGGUUAUGGGAGAACGCUGUACGAGCACUCUGCUGUUGCCAAAUUUCCCCAGACAAAACAUUUAUUUUUGUGGAAAGUUACGCCUAUUUUUGGUUAAAAUUUUGAGUUGUUCAAAAUUAAAUUGUGAACAAAAUUGUCUUAAGAGUUGCAGGAAAAGUAUUCGAUAUUUUGUCAGUAAAUUCAGGUUUUAUUGAAGGAAAUAUGGCAACAUCUGAAGACUAUGGCAAUCUUCUCUAGCAUGGCAGAUUUCAUGUUUCCGAUUUCCCCUAAUAUCUCAUUCUUUUAACAGGAAAACUUAACAACCCAAUACCUAGACUUUCUUUAAAUUUUUCCUAGAUGGUGAAAAAUAUUCUCGUAAAGUUUUUAGUUUUCUUUUGAAAAAGGAAAACAUGAGAGAAAAUGAGGCAACAUCAGUGGGCUGAUUAUUGAAAUUGAAAGACAUAGCGGUAAGCACAGAGAAAAUGGAAGGAUCCUAUUGCUUGAAAUGGGUGGUUCUCAUAGAUAAAUGAAGAAAAUGAUGGACUAACUAUAGGGUCUCCGAUGGGUUGCUGUUAGUUGGUCCGUUAUUUUCCUCCUUUGUCCAUUACAAGCACCCGCUUCAACCUAGGAUGCCUUUGUUUCUUUUAUUGUCUACAGAUUUGUCUAUCAAUUUCAAUGAUCAGCCCCCAGAUGCAGUUAGGCCUAAUUUAGUUAGUGUCAUCCAAAUGAUCCAUCCCUGUGUUCAAAUGUUCACUCCGCAUGAGUUUUUUUUCCAGGAUUUUCAGUUGUAAAUUCGUUGUACAGUGUAGUGUAAAAAGUUAAAAAAAAUCUCCCGGUUAAAAUGUGAUUAUUUUUUUGUAAUUAACCUUAGUUGUAUCCUGUUUUUUAAAUUGCCUUAGAAUUUCGAUUUUCUAUUUUGAUGUUUACCUUUUAAAUUAUUAUUGCUUGUGAUAAGGUUAAGUUAAAACAUAAUUUUUAAUGAAAGAAUAUAAAUUGAAAUGCUUGAACCCA